CAGCUGCUCACCUGGUCAAGCUGUUGGACUCACCUGUUCAGAUCAAGACAACUUCAGGUUGGUGGGAGAGGCCAGCCGAUGUGCCGGGAGACUGGAGAUGAUACAUCAAGAAGAGUGGAGACCAGUGGCUGUUUGGGAUCGUUACUGGGACAUGAACUCAGUUGCUGCAGUUUGUGCUGAACUGGACUGUGGUUCUGCUGUUUCAGCAAGAAAUUCAGAGGAAGCUUCAAAGAGACCAGUUUGGAGGAUCUGGUCUGACUGUUGGAAGUCAGGAUCUUCAUUAAAGAACUGUUUACCUUCUGAUGGAAACAGUGAUCAGAGCCUUUACUUCAUCUGCUCAGACUCAGUCAGGCUGGUUCAAGGGACCAACCGGUGCUCAGGCAGACUGGAGGUGAAGACCAACCAGUCGUGGUCCUCAGUGUGUGAAAAAGACUUUGACCUGCAGGAUGCAGAGGUGGUCUGCAGGGAGAUUGGCUGUGGGCCUCCUUCAGUCCACCAGGGGGCGCUCUAUGGAGAAGCAGAGGCUCCAGUGGGGAGCAGAGAGUUCCUGUGUGAAGGCAGUGAGUCUGCUCUGCUGAAGUGCAGCAGCAGGAAGAGUUCAGGUAGAAACAGCUGCUCACCUGGUCAAGCUGUUGGACUCACCUGUUCAGACAACAUCAGGUUGGUGGGAGAGGCCAGCCGAUGUGCCGGGAGACUGGAGAUGUUACAUCAAGAAGAGUGGAGACCAGUGGAUGUUUGGGGUAGUUACUGGGACAUGAACUCAGUUGCUGCAGUUUGUGCUGAACUGGACUGUGGUUCUGCUGUUUCAGUAAGAAAUUCAGAGGAAGCUUCAAAGAGACCAGUUUGGAUGAUCUUUUCUGACUGUUGGCAGUCAGGAUCUGCAUUAAAGAACUGUUUACCUUCUGAUGAAAACAGUUAUCAGAGCCAUGAGCUCAUCUGCUCAGGUCUGCUGGUUGAGCCGCUCAUCUUCCUCUCUUCCUCCACUGACGGGGUCUCCACAGGCAGAAAGCAGGGGUCUGAGCUCCUCAUUGGCUCACAUUUCAGCAUCAUGUGCUCCAUCAGACCUCAGUAUGAAGGCGGCUCCUUCCAGCUCAUCUUCAGCACCUCUAACUACACUCAGAACCAGACCCUGCCAGCUGUUAAUCACUCCGCCCUCUUCCUGUUCUCUGCUGCUGGCCACGCCCACCAAGGAACCUACCGCUGCGUUUACCACGUCUACGUUUUCUCCUAUAACUUCUCCUCUAUCAGCCAGCCUCUCAACCUCACUGUCUCAGUUUCAGCCUCUCCCACUGCUUUGAUCAUCAGACUGGUUGUCGUCCUGCUGGGUUUGCUGGGAUCAGUCCUGGUCCUCUACUUUAAGGCCAGGAGAAACCAGAAGUCUGGACCAGAAAACAACCAUCAUGAUGAAGGAUCCAGAGCUGAAGGCAGCAUAGAGGAGGAGACUGCAGUCUGAAGGAACCAGGAGAAAAUGAUCUUCAUUUCACAUCCGCAGGAAGGAGCAGAGACAUGUUUCAGACUCCUGGAAAUCUAUCCGUCUAUGUAUCUAUGAUAAAAUGUCUCUGUGCUCCUGCAGCAGGAAGGAAGUUCAACAUUCAGAAAUUUGUAUCUGGACUAAACCUACUUAAGUUAAACUUAUAUAAGAAGGGAACACAAAACAAAACAUUCAACAAACAAAAUAUAACAGAAAACCCACUUCAUCGAAAUCUGAUCUUCAUCAACCUUGCAAGGAUAGCAUAUGAUAGGAUAUUUGAGGUCAAAGGUCAGGUAGCCAAUUUAUCAGACGAUGUGGACAAACUGCCUCUGAUCUCCUACUACGAUAAAGUUAACUACGUAGUCAACACAAAGAGUGCAUACGCCGUAAACGAGCUUCACUGCCUGAAAUUCAUGGACGCAUAUAAUUAGUAUUUCAACAGCUUUUUAAAGGAGAGAAAAUCUCUCUGUGUGAAUAAUGAGGUUCUGGUGACUGGCAGACCAAGUACAUGUAGCAACAAACAUGUAGGCUACAUGUCUGCUUAGCUUGCAGAUGGGAUGGAACAUUUUAUAGUUACUAUGAUUAUGAGUGAAUUAAUGCAUAACAGUGUUAUGAUUCUUGUGUAAAGCAUGUGCUCAUGGGAAAGUCUUCUGAAGCUGUUUCUCUGAACUCUGUAUUAUUAUAAAGUUGUAGAAUAUUUUCUUCUUUGCAUUCUUAUGACAUCCUUAAAUGUUUAAUAUGCUUUAUGAAAGAAAAUGCAUAUGUUUGCAGUCAGUUUUGUAGCUAAAUAGAUUGUUAAACUGUGUGAAUUUAAUGAAACCUUUCCUAUAAAACAAUAUGCUGUGUUUUGCUCGAGGCUCUUUCUCCUGACUGUGUUCAGUGAGCAGAGACUCCAAAUGCUGUAAAGCCUUCAAAUAAAUAUUGACAAAGAAUUUA